AUGACCGCAACAUGGGGAAGAAUAAACCAAAGGGGAAAAAAACAGAAGAACGUCUUUCAAGUGGCAAACAAGCACACGAAGCACAAGAACAAAACAAAGCCUGUCACCACAACGCUAAAACACAUCACUUCAUUGAAAAAGGAGAAGGUAGAGAGCCUCAAUAAGAUCUUCACAGAAGUCCAGAGGGAUGUCACGAGCAUUUCAAAGUCUGUUGCUCCCGAAAAAAAGAAACUAACACAGGUCGUCAAAGAGCCACCGAAGGAGUCUGUAAACAUCGAUAGUGCCGCUCAACUCUUCUCUCAGCUAUAAUGGAACAUGAAAGAUGGACUGUCAUAAGCCUCAGGCAAACACAUGUCAUGUUGUAUGAAAUGCCAAAAUCAGGACUGUAAAUGUGUUACAAAUUAAAAACAGCUACGGUUUAUUGCAUGUGUGUAUUUUAAACAUUCUAUAUUAAAUGCAAAGAAACUGAAA